AUGGUGCUAAGAGUGGCGAGAAUCACUGAAGAUGCCGGUGAAGCGUCUGGGAGUGUACCACGUCCACGGUCCGACUAUGGAAAUGAUCAUGCAUGCAUUGGACUCCGGAAU